AUGUCGUACUCCAAAAGAUCAAGGUAUUCUCACUCUCCUUCACCAUAUGGGAAGUACAGUCGGUCAAGGUCCCAGUCAAUGUCAUUGAGAAGGAGCCGGUCAAGAAGCCGUGAAUCAAGUGCUGAGAAUCCUGGGAAUAAUCUGUAUGUGACUGGAUUAUCAGCUCGCAUCACAAAGAGAGACCUUGAGAAGCAUUUUCAACUGAGGGAAAGAUUAUUCUCCUUUCUUUCUUCUCUCUUAUUUUUCUUCUUCAUUAUUGGGCGGAUUGAUUUGCAUUUCAUUCUCCGUAUGCUUGGUGAUGGGAUUGUGGAGGAUGUUCACCUCGUGGUUGAUCCGUGGACAGGGGAAUCACGUGGAUUUGGUUUUGUGACAAUGUCCACUAUCGUUGCAUUAAAUAUUUGGAUCGAUCUGUGCUGGAGGGCCGUGUCAUUACUGUGGAGAAGGGUAGCUGUGCGUAGCAGCUCUUCACCAAAGUCAUACAACGAAACAAUCAAAUCAAAUUCAUCAAGCAAAUAUCCGACUAUUAUAUCCGAGGGUUGUAUGCCCUGCGCUAGGAGACGUAGAGGUCGGACACCUACUCCAGGACGAAAUAGGAGUGGGAUAAAGAGUGGGACAUGCGACGCCGUUCUCGAUCUCGAUCUCGAAUUUACUCUCCCUACCAUAGAAGUCGCUCUCCACGAUACUCAUCCGAGAGAGAUAGAAGCAGAUCCUACUCUCCCCACUCAAGAAGGGGAUCAUACCCCACCUCCUAUAACAGGCGUAGAUCAUAUUCUCCCCGCUACGGGCGGGCUAGGUCCUUCUCACGAUCUCGCACCCCGUACAGCAGGUCACCAGAUCACAGGCAUGACAGAUCCUACUCGCCUUAUGGCUCGACGUACCAUUCAUCUGAUGACCGUUACUACAACAGAAGUUCCUACCGUUCCGUCUCCAGAAGCAUUUCACCAAGGGCAAGAAGGAGCUACUUACAGAGUGUCUCACCCAUUCGAAGAAAAAGUUGAAGGAGACGUUUGA